UAUGGCUUUGUCGAUCUGCCGACGCUAAUUCAUUCCUUCCCGCACAGGUCAUCUCCUUCGUGGUCCAAGACUUUGUCGAGGCCGGCGUCAUCCUAGUCGUCAUCAUUCUCAACACCUCCAUCGGCUUCUUCCAAGAAUACAACGCCGAGAAAACCAUGGAGACGCUCCGCCAAACCGCCUCCCCGACCGCAAAAGUCGUCCGCGGCAACGGCGGCGUCGACGCCAUCGCCGCAAAGGAUUUGGUUCCCGGCAACAUCAUCCACAUUGCCGCAGGAGACUCGAUCCCGGCCGACGCCCGGCUCAUCGAAGUGCUCACACUCGAAGUGGAUGAAGCGAUGUUGACCGGCGAAUCGCUGCCCGUCGAGAAGAAGCAUACUCGCAUCCCGAACCCUGAACAGCCGCUCGCUGACCGGACCAAUAUGUGCUACCUAGGAACGAACGUUACCAAAGGACGCGCAACGGCCGUCGUCACCGCCACGGGCAUGAACACGCAGAUGGGCAAGAUUGCAAAAAGCCUGAUGUCUUCCGACGAAGAUUCCGCGUCCACGCCUUUGCAGAAACGCUUGAAUGUUCUAGCGAUGAUCCUCCUUGCGCUGGCGAUCGUUUUGGCCAUUAUCGUAUUUGCUGUCAACGAUUUCGUGCUCUCUGCUGAAGCGGCAUUGUAUGCCGUGUCGGUCGGCAUCGCCAUGAUACCCGAAGGCUUAGUGGCGGUGGUCACACUCACGAUGGCUCUGGGAGUGAGGCGUAUGGCUUUGCAAAAGGCCAUCGUGCGAAAGCUGGCCGCCUUGGAGACUCUCGGCUCCGUUACGGACAUUUGCUCCGACAAAACCGGCACGCUUACACAGGGGAAUAUGGUACUCACAAAGGUGUAUCUUCCAGACGAAGGAUACUUCGAAGUGUCUGGCUCUGGCUUCAAUCCCGAAGGUCAUAUCAUCCCCGUCGAAGGGCCGGCGAACAAGAUGACACUCGAGAACAUGAGCGAAGGGUUCACUCGUCUCGUGCAGUGCGCUGCACUUUGCAACACAGCAAGCAUCCACAAAGAAGAACAAGGCGAUUUUGAGGCAGCAGAAAAGAACCAGGCGCCCGUGUGGAAGGGGUCCGGCGACCCUACCGAAGUCGCUCUGCAAGUAUUCGCGCACAAGCUCCAUGCAGGAGGCCCCGCACUGCUCCGCGGGCCCCUCAGCGAUGACAAGGACGAUCCUAGGACACACGGCGAGCAAGCCGACGAGACUCAGAGGGGCGACUGGACGGUCGAGAGCGAGUAUCCGUUUGACUCGUCUUUAAAGCGCAUGUCGGCUCUGUUGACUCACCACCCAACACAACAAGCCAUUGUCUUUACGAAAGGUGGUCUCGAAAGCGUCUUGCCUCUCUGCACGCGCAGAUGGGAUGGCCGACUCGGCCACGCCGUCGACAUCAACACCGCACAAUACAUGGAAGCUCUCCAAGACAACAUCUCGACCAUGGCCUCGGAAGGCCUGCGGGUCCUCUCGCUCGCCUACAAGCCGUUCGGAAGCACGGCGAACGGUAUACCCACCAAUACCGCCCGUGAGGAAGUCGAGUGCGACUUGAUCUUCAUCGGGCUGGUGGGUAUCAACGAUCCCCCGCGAGCAGAAACAGCGCAUGCCGUGGCGUCUUGUCACCGCGCAGACAUCACCGUGCGCAUGUUGACCGGCGAUCACCCCCAAACCGCCGCGGCCAUCGCUCGCCGCGUCGGGAUCCUGUCGCGCGAAGGAACUAGUGAAAGUCACACGACUUUGCAUGUGGACGGACCGUUUGAUCAGCGCACUGGCGACGCUCGGGUGGUUUGGACCGGAACCGAGUUCGACGCUCUCUCUGACGCGCAGGUCGAUAAGAUGGCAGAGUUGCCGCUUGUCAUUGCGCGCUGCACGCCUCAGACCAAAGUCAAGAUGAUAGACGCCCUCGCUCGACGGAAGAAGGUUUCCGCCAUGACCGGUGACGGCGUCAACGACUCGCCUUCCCUGAAGCGUGCCCCAGUUGGGAUCGCGAUGGGACUCGGAGGCAGCGAUGUUGCCAAACAGGCUGCCGCGAUCGUAUUGACUGACGACAACUUUGCCACGAUCGUCGGUGCCAUCGCUCAGGGCCGGCGCAUCUUCGCUAACAUUCAGAAGUUUGCUCUUCACUUGAUGACUACCAACGUUUCCGAGGUGAUUGCGCUGAUCAUCGGUUUGGCAUUCAAGGACUCUGCUGGUCAGAGUGUCUAUCCGCUUAGCCCGCUGCAGAUCUUGUUCUUGAACAUGAUCACCAGUUCUCCACCUGCGAUGGCACUUGGUAUUGAAGAGCCGGAACCUCAUCAGAUGCGUUCCGCUCGGUACCGGGGUGGGCCACUCUUCACCAAAACCGUUCUUGCCGACAUCUUUUUCUAUGGGAUCGUCAUGGGGAUCCUGAACUUGGGCGGAUUUCUUUUGGUCAUCUAUGGGUUCGGAGACGGAAACCUCGGUGUCGAAUGCAACCAAGCCCAUCCAUACAACGCCGAACUCGCCGAAGGAUGCUCUACCGUCUACCGCGCUCGAGGAACCAGCUACUUGACUCUCACCUGGUUGAUCCUGAUCCACGCGUACGUGUGCCGACAUCACUAUCAUUCCAUCUUCCGCGGCGGCUUCCGCCAGAUGAUCACAUCGAACAAGGCGCUCGCGUACACGUGCGUUUCCGGAUUCCUUGUCGUCAUUCCGACGCUUUACAUUCCUGGAACAACUACAGUGUUCAAGCACUCGGGGCUUACUUGGGAGUGGGGAAUCGUCGUCAUUUCUUGCCUCGUGUACAUCGCCGCGGCGGAGGCUUACAAGUACGGAUGGAGGCGCUGGUUGCGAAAGCGAGAGAUGCUUACUGGUGAUGGAUUGGAAAUGGAAAGAGUAGCUACCCAAGCCGUUUAAAAAACAAAAGCAUAAGCCUUGGUUGAGAGCCACAUCUGAGCUAUGUAGACAACCGAGAGAGCCGUCUUCACACAUUUUUGUCGUCUGCUUU